ACCGGAUCCCUGGCUUCUCAAUUCUUGCUCUGCCUGCAUCUCCACCUUCUUUCUCCUCUCCUCUCUGCGGACUAGCACAAGUACAGACUCGGACUCCACCCCCUAGCGACGAGCUGGCGACUUGAUCCAUGGCUCCGCUUCAGCCCUCCAAUCUAUGAAAGCGCUAGCCAUACAGCUCUCGAACCCGAAUGACGGUAGUGCUACCUCGCACCCACACCGGCCCACGACCAGGAUCGGGACAAGGCAUCAGGUCCCGUCCAAAGCACAAGCACAAGCAGCGCGUGGCUCAGCGACAAGAUACCCAAGUCCCAACACCUGGGGCUGCUAAAAACCCAGCCUUGGGGCGCUAGGGAGGGGAAAAAAAACAGAGUUGAGCAGAUGGGGAGAAGGCAAACCGUCUUGUAGCGAUAACACACUUGUGGGCAGCUUGCGCCAAACAGAUUGCUCAGAGCGACGCCAACGACGACGCCGGCCGGAACCACAGGGAAACCUUAUUGACUGUGUAUUGAGGGAAUCUCGGGACGCCAAAAGUACAUCCAUCAAAAAGCAGCCGCAGUCCCCCCUUCGGCUCACUCCGAGCCCUUUCAUCUGGUCUUUUUUCCCCAUCAGCUUGCGUGCAGCUCGACGACCCAACUCAAACGCGGCAUCCUUGUCUGCAAAAACUCAACUCUCAACACGAAAAAAAGAGUAAAAGACACAAAGGUUGAAAAAAAAUUCCAAUAAAAAAAAAAG